CUGAGACUGAGAGGAAGUAACGUUAGUCAGAGAAAGCAACUGAAUGAAAUACAUCGCUGUGGAGUGUUUCUUACAAGAAUCUUCAGGAUGUGAAUAUCCCACCCCUUCAGGAGAUAAAAGUGAACAUUUAUUAGCAUGCAAGCUAAUUCACAACAAUCAGGACAACUGCAAAAUGUGCAUGAAAAAGCGACCACACCUGGAGAUGGGACAUCUAAUACUUUGGGCCAAAAGUUUUAUCAGCUAUGUUUACCAUCUCACGCUCCAAGCCCCUCCUAUCAAGGACAGGGGGCCACUGGAAGUUAUUUGACACGGUUCACCUGCACAAUCCAACCAGCAACCAGUGACCAGAUUUUGACUAGUAGCAUUCAAGCUACCAAAAACAAAAUGCUUACACAAGAAAAUACUCUUACUUCAAAACAUACGUUGCUGACAGGAAAUCAGGACUCGCGAAGGAUUCGUGGAACAUUGUGGAACGUUCCCUCUAAUUACCAGAUAAUCUUACCUGUCAACAGCAUAAAUUUACAGGGUGCUCCCAACAACAAUGGGCCAAACAUGUCACAUGGCUACAAGUACCAGUCAUUGGUUCCUGAUAAGCUAACCCAUGCUAAUGUGCAAACGCCUUCUACGUGUGGUCAGAACAUUGCUGCACAGAGAGCUGUUGCCGUUGUCACGCCAUUAUCACCGAUAGGAACAGCACCUGUUAACAUUUCAGACCAAUCCUCUAAUAUGAAAAUGAAUGUAAGCUCUGUGCAAGAGGUUGUAUGGCAUCAACCAAAUAUUCAACAUGCUUUGGAGACCAAUGCUAAACCUAAUAGCCAAAAAGGAGAACCAAUUGACCCAACAAGCAAGCAUCUACGCCCGAAGUCAGCAGAGCCGAGGCUGAAUGAUGGACUUUGCCAUGUUGGAGCCAAAAGUCCCAUUUGGACUGAAUCAACUGACCAAAGUCGCCGCAAAAGUUCACCGAAGCUUAAAAGUGUGGUUGCAGAACAAAAAAUGUCUAUGCCAACUCAAAUGCAAAAUGAAAAGAUAAACAAUAACUCCACGUUCACAGACAAGAAAACUGCUGAAACUGAAACCAUUCCUGUUAUUGAAUGGCCAAUAGAUCGAUUGCACAUCUUAAUAGACAUGAUUCAGCAAAUGGAAAAUGGGCAUCAGAAGAAUGACCAAAAAACUGAUGCUGGGAUGGACAUCUUAAAGCUUUAUUGGAAUGGGGAUUUCCAUGAGUUUUAUAAUGCUGUACAAACUGGUACAUAUCGAAGCAUAAUGGAAGAAGUCUAUGCUUACUGUCCGAACACAGAGCCUGUGAUACUGAGGCAAAUUAAAAGUGAUGCUCUUAGCAGAGUCAAGGAUUUUCAUGUUUUAAAACACAACGAAGAGCCACCGAAGAUGACAUAUAAGUCAUCUUGGUUAAAUCUUAAUGAAAAUGUUGAUGACAUCGACAAGGAGUGUGGUUAUUCUUGGUUCUAUAAGUCCUUUCAAAAUGCCACUGACCAUGAAGCACAAAACUCAAAUGGUUGCACAAAGGAGGCACAAAAGAUUGAGAACCAAAUACCAGCAGAAGAACCAACAUUAGACAAUGAGUGUCUUUCUGAAAGCUUGAUUAAUAGACAAUCUCCACAUGUGACUGAUGCUGACUGCUCACCAACACGUGAUUGUUUGGUUGCAGGACAAACCAAUAGUCAAACAAAAACAAAUUCUUUAAAGAACAUGAUUACUGUUGUGAAAGAUUUGGAUCAAAAAGAUGUCCAGACUCAAAUGGCCAGUUCGGAGGACAACUUUUGUAAUGAUGUUGGAGCCCAAGGUGUUUUGUCGCCUAAAUCAACCAGCCAAAGGGACUGCACGAACUCACCAAAGUUCAGUGUGGUAGCAGAACAACCGCAUGAAAUAGCUGAACAUUGUGAGACUAGUGAGAUGGAACAAAAUGUCAUUGCUGCAUCACCAGACAAGCAUGAGACAAAUUUGUUAAACUCCUCCCCAGAAAUUAACAAAGUACAGGUAGAAGAACAAACAUCUUUGGAGAAAAAUAUGCACAAUGAGAGUCUUUAUGAAAAAUUGCCAGUUCCCUUAAAUGCUCAUUCUCCAACUGUGACUGAUAACUGCUCACCGAAGGUUAAUUUGGUUGAACAAACCAGUCACCAACCAAAUACUACAAAUCCACUAAAUGGAAUAAUUAAUCUGGUUAAGACAUUGAAUGAACGCCAAUAUUUAAGAAAGUAUCAGAAGUUAGUUGAUAAACGCAGUGGUUUGAAAAGAAAUCAUCAAAACUCCUUUAGAACAUUAAGACCGAACAAUAGUUUUUGUGAUGACGUUGGAGCCAAAAGUCCUGUGUUGACCAGUGAAUCAUCCAGCCAAAUUGAAUGCAGGAGUCCUAGUCAUGUAGUUGAAAAACAAGUGGAGUUAACUCAAGUGCAAAAUGAAUCCAGUGACUGUGAUAACCGUGCAAGAUGUGAAUCUAAUCCAAAACCUAGUCAAGAACUUUCUGUGCAAAUGGAUGAAGAGGAGAUGGAUGCUGAGAUGGAUGCUUCAGCUUCUAUUAGGAUUGAUGUUCUUCCUCAUGAAGUGGCUAAACAAUGCUUUGCUGGUCAGUUGAUGGAACUUAAAGACUUGUCUGCAACACCAGAGAUUAGGUUGGAAAAGGCUGAUGGUAACUGCCCGCUGAACGGCAAUGAGGUUGUGGAACAAAUCAAUCAUCCAUCAAAUACAAUUCAUCCACUGAAGGUCAUGAAAAAUCUGGUGAGUCGAGUGGGAGAAUGUGACGUUUUGAAAAACAAGCAUCAACCCUCCUCUACAACAUCAAGGCUGGUUGAUCGUUUUUGUAAUAGAGCCAAACGUCCGGCAUUGACUGAAUCAUCCAGGCAAAUUUCCUGCGCGGGUCCACCGAAGCUUCAUCCUGUGAUUGCAGAACCAUUUCAAAUGCAAUUCAAUGAAGAAAUGCCUGAAAUUGACUGUGUACUUGCAGAUGAGGGUGUGAGAUGUGAGACUGAUCCAAAAUCAAGUCACGAACUUCCUGUGCAAAUGAAGGAAGAGGAGAUUGUCGAGAUGGAUGCUACAUCUUGUAUUAGGAUUAAUGUUCUCCCUCAGGAAGUGGCUAAACUAUGCUUUGCUAGUCAGUUGAUGGAAGAUCAAGACAUUGCUGCACCACCCGAGAUAAUGCAUAAGACCUCUUUGUAUACACCUCAAGACGCCAUAUCAACAAAAGAACAGCACAUGUGGAGGUUGGAAAAAGCCAAUGGUAACUGCUCAAAUAACUCAAAUAUAGCACAUCCACUGAAAGCCACGACGCAUCUGGUGAGGCCGGUGGAAGAACAACAUCAAACUGAAAAAUGUGAGAUUUUGAAGAAUGAGCAUCACCUUGCAAAUGCAACAUCAAAGAUGGAUGACCGUUUUUGUAAUAAAGCCAAAUGUUCUGUGUUGUCCACUGGAUCAACCUGCCAAACUGAAUUUACCAGUCCACCGAAACUUAAUCCUGUGAUCGCAGAACCAUCUCAAAUGCGAAAUGAAUUCAAUGAAGAAAUGCCUGACAUUGAUUAUAUGCUCACAGAUGAGAGUAUGAGGUAUGAGACUGCUCCAAAACCCAGUCAAGAACUUGUUUUGAGAACAAAUGAAGUGGAGACUGACAAGAUGGAUGUUUUAGACUCUAUUAAGAUCAGUGUUCUCCCUCAUGACAUGGCUGAGCUAUGGUUUGCUGGUGAGAUGAAAGUUAAGGAUUUACAGGAAGACACUGAUGUUCAUAUUACCACUGAGGACCAGGUUAAAGUUCAAGUCCUAGAGCUCAUGUCUGAAAAAGAAUUCCCUCUAGAAGAUGUGAAGCCAAAAGAGGGUAAAUCUCAAAGUUCUAGUGGUGAAAAGCUGGAGUCUUUCUGUUGUCUUGCUAAAUGGUUUAAAACUUUAGAAUAUGGCGAUGGCUCAUUGUGUACAUGCCAGAGAAAAACAGAGUUAAGAGAAGAGACUAAAACUGAGGUCCAUGGCACAAGUUUAGAGUUGCAGACUGAAAAAGAGGAUAUUAACGAAUUGGUGGAACUGGACAAUUCUGCUGAUUCUGAAACCGAUGAUUCUGAGACCACAGAGGACGAAAUUCCCAGUUGGGUAGUUCGGAAAGGGGUUAAGAAAAAUAUUCUGAAGGACAUAUCAAGUUCUGAAGAGGUUUGUAAGAUUGAGACUGAAAUUGCAGAGCAGACAAGAGAUGACUCUCCUUCAAAAUGUAUGACAAACGUGACCGUGAACAAUGAGAUUGAGCAAGACACCCCAACACCUGAUUUGAAGAGGACGACCAAUACGAUAUGUCUUGCACUGUAUGGGUCAUCUUCUGGAAGAAAAGAAGUGAAGCCAACUAAAAGAUCUAAAGGGAAAGAAAGUUGUGAGGAACCCCCAGAAACUCUUCAAAUAACUAUAUCCUCUCAUCAGAAGAUUAAGCCAGCGAAUUGCAAAGGGGUGGAAGCACGGGAUGAAGGUGUUGUGAAUAAGAGAGCGAGAUUACAGAAAGCAUCCUUCAAAGACAUGGCUCUUCACAGAACCUUGGCCUCACUUCCUGUUUCUGAACUCUGCAAAAAUGAACUUUCAUCUACCUCAAACAAAAAACUGCUUGGUCCAAGUACUAAUGCAAAAAGUGAAGUCCGUUUGGGCAAGGGAAAUAAGCGAAAGAGACUGCCUAAUAUUUCAACGCAACAAAUGUCUAUGAAUAAAUAUAUCAUCAGAAGGAAGACUGCGCCAUCCAAAUUAUUGCCUCCAGCUGAGAAUGUAACAAAAAGUAAAUAUGAGUUGGGGAACCCCGCUUUGAUGCCAUUAGAGGAGGGUCUUUCAUUGGAAUUCAAAGUAUUGCCAGAGUCUUUUAACUUUGAAGAUGGAGCUGAACUCAAUUGCGCUCAAGCCGACACAACACAGAGUACGCAUAAUGGGAUAUCAGGCCCAGAAGAGAAAGUUAAGCAGAUGGAAACUAAUUGUUCGCCAACCCCAGGUACUACAACACCAGGUGUUUGGAGUUUCAGCCCCUUGAAGAAAAAGCGCACUCAGCCCAUCCAGGUCACAGACGUCUCCGGCUCAUGUAGCCUCUUCCAGGAGUUUAAGAAGAGAUAUCACAAAAAGAAGGAAAUCGCCUCAAAGUAGAAUUUCAAUGAAAGACCUUGAUUCCUUAUUAAAAUUUAAGCAAAUUGUUCCAUUUGUUUUGUGUUACUUCCUGUUAAUGGGAUGAAUCUAACAACUGCAAAUUGCUAAAUAUACAGGUUCAUUUUUACUGUCUACUUGAAGUUUUGUAUUAUAUUAUAAAUGCACCACUUGCACACUGAUCAUACGGUUCAACAGCUGCUAGUAACGUUUUUCAGUAUUUGAACGAGUGUGAGUUUGAUACUUGUACUACAUUUUCAAGAAACAUGUUUUGUUAUGGAGGUUUUUUUUUUUAAUUGUGCUUUUAUUUUGAUUCCACUGGUUUGUAAAAAUGUGAAAAUCUAUUUUUGUACAAUUUUAUAAAACUCUUUGUAUUGCUUCUUAAUAAAACCAUUUUGUAAUACCU